ACACAGUACAUAACGUAUCAGCGCUUAUCGUUUGUGUGUGUGUUAACCCAUGUUGCCAAUAUUCAUCCCCUCCCAACGGCCUAUCGCUGAAUCACCAACAUAAGUUUGGUCUUGUUUGUGUUGGUGCUGCCGUCUACGACACCGAAAAAGCCAAAAACACACCGAUAUUUGCCGCGGCCGCCCAAAUACACCGGCUAGACGCCCAUCCAACAACACCAACUCGCAUCCGGCUGAAUGAGUCAUCGCACCGUAACGCAAUGCCCGCGAUACGACGGUUCGGUACGCUACGCCCAGUUCUAGCAGUGCUUCUACUACUAGCCAAAGUGCAAUCGAUUGAGGACCAUUUUUCAACCCAACCGGAGAUAACAAACCAUCUGGACCGCUCGGAAGAUACCAUGGCCGACAAUAGCAGCUCUCUCGAUGCGCAAUUUGUGUCACAGUCGAACAGCUUCGCUACCAAGCUGUACCAGCGAAUAAGCGCGAAACAUGCGGGAGAGAAUGUGGUCAUUUCGCCCUUCUCGAUCAGUGCGUGCCUUUCCCUGGCUGCAAUGGGCGCCGGCGGCCUUACCGCAGAGCAGAUGUACUCCGUGCUGGAGUUUGGAGCGCCAGACAGAAAGCAAACCGUGGCCGACAACUAUCGGCGCCUAAUGGAGCGUCUCGCCACCGACAGCACGGUGAACGUGGCGAACAAAAUCUACGUCAUGCAGAAUUACGCUGUCAAGGGUGCGUUCAACGCGAUUGCCACCGGCAGCUUCCGGUCGGAGGCCGAGUCGGUCAACUUUGCCGAGAGCGCGGCGGCAGCGAAAAAGAUCAACGGCUGGGUGGAGGAGAAGACGAACAACAAAAUCAAGGAUCUGAUCUCGCCGGAUGCGCUGGACGAGCUGUCGCGCAUGGUGCUGGUCAAUGCGGUGCACUUCAAGGGCACCUGGACGUACCAGUUCGAUCCGAGCCUGACCCGCCCGUUCCCGUUCUGGCUGAGCGAGACGGAAUCGCGCGACGUGCCGAUGAUGAACAUCAAGAAACACUUUGCCUUCAACAACUUCGAGGAGCUCGGCUUCUCGGCGCUGGAGCUCACGUACGGCGGGAGCGACAUGACGAUGAUGCUGCUGCUGCCGAACGAGCGGAUGGGUUUGGCCGCGCUCGAGGAAAAGCUGCCCACGCUCAAUCUUGCCGAGCUGGCGGGGAAAAUGCACAAGCAGGAGGUGGAGGUGUUUCUGCCCAAAUUCAAGAUCGAAUUUACGCGCGAUCUCAACGAGGAUCUGCAAGCGCUCGGCAUGGAAAGAAUGUUCAGCGACUCGGCCGAAUUCCCCGACCUGCUGGAGCAAAACGAACCACUGAAGGUGUCCAAAGUCGUCCACAAAGCGUUCAUUGAAGUGAACGAGGAAGGCACUGAGGCGGCUGCUGCUACCGCCAUGAUCGCGGUGUCAUUCUGUAUGAUCAUCUCCGAACCAGUGAAAUUCACAGUUGAUCAUCCAUUCAUUUACGCACUCAUGUCACCGGAGAAGAGUGUGUUUUUCAUUGGAAAAACCUGUAAAAUGCCAUAACAUGGUUUACGGUGUACCAUUAAUAACCCGCAUUACAAUGAGGAGAAGUGAUGCAUUUUUAUACGUGUUAUAGUUCCUGAAACCGAUAUUUAGUUUCUGUAGUCACCCUAAAACAUUGAUUUAAAAAAGAUAGGCAAUUGCAAACAUUCAAAAUAGCAAUGAACAAAGAACCAUAAGAAUAACACAAAAGAUGAUUUACCAAAAAUAAAUAUCUUCGUAGGCCAUAGAUUCAAUAUGUGUCUCCUAUAGUCGUAGCGCUUAUAGUAGAUGCACGUCUUUGGCUAAUAAAACUCAACAAACGCAACAA